AUGUUCGAUCACGAUGACCGGAGUCAGGUUGUCCUCCCGCUGGUGAAAUCGUUUUGUGAGAAGUCUUUCAAGGCUGACGAAUCUGUCCUCACAUCGCUGUCAUUACACUUAGGGAAGCUCUGCCAUGGCCUGCAAGGUCUCUUCACCCAGGAGCAGCAGAUCUGGUUCCUGGAGUUCUAUAAGAAGCUGUGCCGGUUGGGUCUUCACCAGGAGAACGGCCAUAAUGAUAACCAGAUCCAGAACAUAGAGCUGGAGAAGAAAUAUUCUAUGGUCAGGAAACACUGUGCAUACAACUUUCCAGCCAUGGUUGUAUUUGUCGGAGUGAAAAACUUCCACAUAGAACUGUAUGCAACCUUCUUCUGCCUGUGCCACGACCCGGACAUGUCCGUCAGACACUCCAUGGCUCUCGGCUUCUGUGAAGUCUGUAAACUCUUAGGAUCCAAUGUGUAUUUAAUACAUAAAGAACUAGUCGCUCUACUGCAGGAUGACUCACUAGAGGUUCUGGACGGGUUAAUAGACCAACUUCCGGAAACUCUGGAGCUCAUGACAAGCGGAGGCGACAACUCAGGGCUAGAUAACAAGCUGAUGAUUGUACCUGACCUGGUCCCGGCACUGACCUCGGCGGAGCAGCGAGUCGCCAGCAACCUGAAAUGGCGCAGCCAUGAGAAGCUACUGCAGAAGUUCUCCUGCCUGCCGCACAUCAUUUCCAGCGAUCAGAUCUAUUAUCGCUUCCUGCACAGAAUGUUCACCAUCAUUUUAUCCAACAACGUGCUACCGGUGCAGAAAGCGGCGAGCCGGACGCUGUGUAUAUUCCUGCGCUAUAACAGAAAACAGGAGCAGAGGCAUGAGAUCAUCCAGAAACUGGUGGAACAACUGGGUCAGGGGAAGAGCUACUGGAACCGGCAGAGGUUCCUGGACACCUGUGAAUAUAUCAUGGAGUUCUUCUCCAAGUCCUUCUUCUGCAAAUACUUUUACCUCUCCGUGCUGGAGCUGACCAGCGAUCCGGUGGCCAACGUUAGGAUGAAGGUUUGCUACAUGUUGCCAAAGCUGAAGUCCACCCUGAAGCUUCCGGCGGAUAAACAUUUAUUGCAGCAGCUGGAACUGUGCGUCCGGAAACUUCUGUGCCAGGAGAAGGACAGAGAUGUCCUGGCGGUGGUGAAGAGGACAGUUCUGGAGCUGGACCGGAUGGAGAUAUCCAUAGAUGCUUUUCAGAAACGCUUCUUUGAAAAAGACUUACUGGACCAGGAGAAGGAAAGGGAGGAGCACCUACUGCUGGAAAUGGAACAAAUAGAAAAGGAAAAACAACAAAGCGAGGCUCGGUCCAGCAACGAGAAGACGUACGACAGGAAGCGUAGAGACAGUAAAACGGGAUCGGCGUUGCCAAAAAGUCUCCCGACCGUGAUCUCGAACAGCUCCUCGGGCACGCAGACAGUUGUCAGCAGAGAAAGCAAGAAGAGCAAGCUGAUCCGGAGCCAGUCGUUCAGCAGCCACGUCAUGCACCCGAAACACAGCUCCCUCGACAAGACCAACAAAAGUAACUCUGUGAUUGGCGUCGGGAAGAACGUUUUGCUGCCGUUUGUCGAGGACUCACUCAAAGUCAGGACCAGCAGCGCCAGCGCCUCUGUGGCUUUCCCCGGCGCGGCCACGACUUCCUCCCGAGUCACAGCAAACGCAGCGGAACAGAAAGCCAAUGGGAGCAAAGAAGCUCAGGCCAGGAAACUCAGCCUGAAAAAACAGGAAACCCAAAGCUUA